GUUGUUUUCUUGAGAGUCUUGAAGAACCUGUGUGUAUCAAAAACCUUGUUGGAGUUCAUCGAAGUCUUUGUGUUCAUGGUGAGCCUGGUGAAACAGCUUCUGAAUGCUCUUGGUGUAUUGCUCCUCAAAAUGAAACUCUUCAUCUUUCAACAUUUACUUGCAGUAAUUGCUUCAGUCCAAUAUAUGAAUCUAUUUGGCUUUUAAAAACUGAAUUUAUUGA